CGGAGCUGCGGGCGGGGCUGGGGCUUCUGCAGCGAAGGUCCGUGCUGUGCCUGCGCUCUACGACUGGGACGGGAUGGCCACCACCAUCGAUUGUAUGGUGGUGGGAACUGCAGUUUUAGCUCAGUAACCCCUCAAAGUAUGACCCCGCGACUAACGAGUGCUUUUUUAUCGUUUGCAGCCGAGAGUCUUCAUCUUAGAGCCCAUCUGUCCAUUCGGUGAGCGGCAGCAUCAGCCCACCAUGUCGCCGAAGGGCUCGGGAAGAGCUGUGGAAACUAACUCGGAGACUCGAGGAAAGGCAUCUUUCAAAUGCAGCGAGUGCCACGAGACGUUCUCGUCUUAUUACCGCCUGAGGAUACAUCGUCGGGGCCAUAGAGGGGAACCGGCGAAGCCAUACGAGUGCGACGUAUGCCAAGUGUCGUUCUCAGUGGCAGCUUCUCUGAAGGUUCAUGUCCUAACCCACUCAGCAGUAAAACCUUUUGGGUGCAGCUUCUGCAACAAAACGUUUUGUGUACCAUCCGCGCUGCGGGUACACCUGAGAAGUCACACAGGCGAAAAGCCAUUUGAAUGCUCCGUGUGCCCAAGCAAGUUUCCAACAUCAAGAGGUCUACGGUCACAUUUAAAUAGCCACACCGGAGAGAAGGCAUUUGAGUGCGCAGAGUGUCACAAGAAAUUAUCUACGUCUGCCGCUCUCCGUUUACAUUGUCGGCGUAUACAUGCUCGUGAUAAACCACAUCAGUGCACUUUGUGCCCCAAGACUUUCUGUACACCCACUGAAAAGCGAAUUCAUCUACUAACCCACUCUGGGUUCAGGGAGAGAAGCUUUGAGUGCACCGUCUGUCAGAAAAGGUUCUUUCUUCCAAGCAUUUUGAAGAGCCAUCUGAAAAUCCAUACGGGAGAGAAGCCACAUGAAUGCAAUGUGUGCCACAUGAAGUUCUCUACAUCUGUUUCGAUGCGGUCACAUCAGCGCACCCACACAGGAGAGAAGCCCUACGAGUGCAGCAUAUGUCCAAAGAAGUUUUCUACUUCUGGCGGUCUACAAAUCCAUGCCCGAAGCCACUCUGGCGAGAAACCAUUCAAGUGCCCUGUGUGCCACAAGAAGUUCUCUGUUUCCAGUAAUAUGCAGAGACACCGUAAAAGCCACACCGGCGAGAAAGGGUUCCCGUGCCCGAUGUGUGAGAAGAGAUUUUCUGUAUCAGGUUCACUGCGCAUGCAUCUGCGGCGUGCACACACAGAUGAUAAGCCAUUCGAGUGUGCGGACUGCCCAAAGAAAUUCGUCACACAUCGCGAGCUAAUAAGUCAUAAGCGAACUCACACAGGAGAAAAGCCAUACGAGUGCUCAAUCUGCCAGAGAAAGUUUUCUCUCUACGGCGGUUUGCAAGGUCAUCUUCGAACCCACACGGGAGAGAAGCCAUACCAGUGCACCGUGUGCCAGAAGAAAUUCAUGUUCAGUGGUAAUAUGAAGAAACACAUGGUAACGCAUACUGGGGAAAAACCACAUGAGUGUGAUGUGUGCCACAAAAAGUUCGGUCACACUAACUCUCUUGAGAAUCAUCUGAGAACUCAUACAGGAGAGAAGCCGUUCAAUUGCACCGUGUGCCAGAGGAAAUUCUUGUCCAGUACUAUUCUGAAGAGCCACAUGGUAACGCAUACUGAGGAAAAACCACAUGAGUGCGACGUGUGCCACAAAAAGUUCGGUCGGACAAUCUCUCUUAAGAUUCAUCUGAGAACUCACACAGGAGAGAAGCCGUUCAAUUGUGCCGUGUGUCAGAGGAAAUUCAUGUUCAGUAGUAAUGUGAAGAAACACAUGGUAACGCAUACUGGGGAAAAACCACAUGAGUGCGAUGUAUGUCACAAAAAGUUCAGUCUACCUCAAAAUCUUAAAAAUCAUCUAAGAACUCAUACAGAAGAGAAGCCGUUCAAUUGUAUUGUAUGCUGUGAAAAGUUCCAUGUAGCUAAGAAUCUAAAGAUACAUCUGCGGACCCACUCACAACAGAAACCAUUCAGUUGUUCAGAGUGCCACACUAAGUUCUCUACAUCGAAGUCUCUGCUAGUCCAUCUGCUAAGGCACAUAGGCGAGGAUCCCUCAGAGUGAUUCGUGUGCCGCUUGAGUUUUUCUAUAAUUGACGCUUUUAUUAGACGUGUGCGAGCUUACCUUGGCGAGAAAUGGAUGCAAGUUCAGUAUUGCUUGGAAUCUCGACGCACAUUUGAGUUGCACAUAUAAAAGUACAUUAUAAUAUAUCGUCUGCGCCAGGCAUUGUGUAUCAUCAGAGUCGUUUCUCUUACAUUAACAAUUAUUAUCUUGCCCAGUGGUUAUCUCAGGGUGCAGCCAUUUUCUGGUAACCUUCAUGGUUGUUCAUAAGGAUAAGUUAAAUUAUAACUCUUACACAUGUUUUUGUAAGUAUUAAUGGUAAUUGCUUAGAAGUGCACAUUUCUUGUUAGUAAUGUUUCUUUUGACUGAGUGUUUU